GUCAAUCGCCGUUAAUUCACUUAACAUCAUGUUUCUUCGACUACCAAGAAAACGCCAACGAAUGCAUAUUGUUUCCAUCAUUUUCCCAUGCCUGCUCGUUUCAUUUUCUCUGUUUCUAGCUGCCUCCCUUUCUUUUUCUCUCGACUAUCAUUAUAAUCAACAUUAAUCUAAUUUUUUAAGUGAUCCCUACCUCAAUCUCUGAUUUUGAAAAGGCCUGAGCUUGCUUAUAAUAUUUGGAGACAUGGGUGUUGAUCUUGAAUCUCUUUCAGAGGCAACCUCUGGUGCCAUUGGCUCCUUGCUCAGUACGACGAUCUUGUACCCUCUUGAUACAUGUAAGACCAAGUAUCAAGCCGAGGUUCGUGCUCACGGCCAGCGAAAAUACAGGCACCUUUCUGAUGUUUUAUGGGAAGCGCUAUCCAAUGGGCAAAUUCUUUCAUUGUAUCAAGGCUUAGGGACCAAAAAUCUGCAGUCUUUCAUUUCACAGUUUGUCUACUUCUAUGGGUACAGCUACUUUAAAAGGCUAUAUCUGGAAAAAAGUGGUUUCAAAAGUAUUGGAACGAAAGCUAACUUGAUUAUUGCUGCUGCUGCUGGUGCUUGCACUGCCAUCGUGACUCAGUUGUGUCAUUAACCAUCAUUUUCCAAGUCAAGCUGUCAUUUCCUGAACACAAUAAAAAAUGUUUAAUGCUGUAA